GGCACUAAUUUAAAGUCAAGGACAUUUCGAUGUGUCCAGCCAUAAAUCCAGAUUUGUCAUUUCCGAGCAUCGUAUGUUUAUACCUGCACAUACUUUACCAUUUCAGAAAUCGAAUUAUGGGGUAGCGUUGUUGGACCGAUUGACGAAGAGUGUACUUGGAAUUCCUACUCCUGAAACCGAGUUAAAACCUCAAAAGUUAAAAGAACAUUUUGAGGGUGCGUUGUACGAACUGUUUUUACUCAAGUCGAGGCUGCAAGAAAAAUGUUCUCAGAUGGAGGUAAAAUGUCGAGAGGAUGAGCGGUCAUUUCAUUCUGCUAUCGAAAGGUUAAAAAAGGAUUUAACUGAUCUUAGUCAGCAAUUCUGCAAGUUAGAUACCGAAGUUCAUAUGGUAUCUGGAAAGUUGGUCCAUUUAGGCGACCAGUUAGAAAGAAAAAACUUGCCAAGAAAACGAAUUGAAGAGGCACGUGAUUUGAUACUUGAAUUUUAUAAAUUCUGGGGUUUUGGUGGAGGAAGUGUCACCAAUGUAGUAAGCGCUCAAUCGGAUGAAGCUCAGCUACUUGAGGCCGCCACUCGGUUCAAAAAUCUGAGUUCGUUGUGCUUGGAGUUACCGGAUGAUGAACGUUUUUUAAAUGCAAAACAAAGAGUAACAGUCGCCUGUCAACACUUGGAUACAGCUUUACUUGAACGAUUUAGAGCAAAUUUCCUUACGGGAAAUAUUGAGACAAUGAAGAGCAUAGCAGAUGUACUUCUUCUUUCCAAAAACUACUCUCAAUGUGCUGAGAUCUUGGUUGAAGAAACAGUAAAGACAAUAGAUCCCAACAAGAUUCAUUUUAAAGAUAUUACAAGGUGCUUGGUUUCGAGUGAAAAGCUAAUUAUGACCUUAUUUUUACGACCAGAUUCAGUUCUGAUGCAACUAAUGCAUAGUCUUUUCACAACAAAAUUAAAAGUAUACCUGAGUAAUCAUAUGAAGGAAGAAUUGAAUGCACAGGCAUUUUUAACUAAUUUAUACAAUGAAUAUCGAAACGUUGAAAAAUUGGUUGUUGAGUUAUCUAAUGAGUUAACCUUAAUUACGGAUCCAAUGCAACUGUCCAAAUUAUUUCGGGAAUUAUUUGCUCCAUAUUUAGUCGAUUAUAUGAAACGAGAAUCUGACUGGUUAACUGAACGCUUAACAGGUCAUCUUGAACAUUAUUAUCAAAGUCAAAGGCAUCAAAAACGUGCGCUAAAUGUUUCUGGCUUGGCUGAAUUUCGACGAGACCUCCAAGCAAAGUUUCAUAUCACUGGUGGUGAUCGAUCACAAAACGACUACGAUGUAUCGUUGUUAUCAGAAGAAGUCGCUGUUAAUAUUAUUGAGGAUAUUCGGCGUGCUGCCAAACGAUGCUUGCUGUUAUCCCAACCUACUGCUAUUCCAGACAAUGGCAAAUUCAUAUUUACUUGUUUGUAUCACUAUCUAAUUGUUGAACACGUGGAUUAUGGUGUUACUUUAGGUUUGCACGGUUUGAAUAUAGCCGAUCCUCGAAAUAACAAUCCAAACCUAGUCUUCUUCUCCAUAAUUCACGAAGCCACAUCCAUUUUUCACUUUUUUGAGAAAACAAUUGAUGAGUCCAUUUUACCAAUGAUUAUUACAAACCCAUCAUAUGCAAGUGAAAUAUCUGUCAAACGUAACGAAUUGAAACAAGAUUUGGAAGGCAAAUUCUGUACUGGCUUAGAAAAGUGUCUAAAUCUGGCUAUUUCUCGUGUCCAAUAUCUAUUAUCCAGUGAACAGCGAAAAACUGAUUUUCGCCCAGAUAUAAAUGCUAACUCAGGAAUAAUUGCCGGUAAUCCACCAUCGCUUGCAUGUCAACAUGUGGUUGCUUUCGUAACCCACAUCAACCGCGAGACUCAUCAACACCUAGAUGGUCAAAAUUUAAAAACAUUUUUACAUGAAUUUGGAAUGAAACUAAAUCGCACAUUGGUAGAUCAUUUUUAUAACUUUACCUUUUCUGACACAGGUGGAUUUGUUGCAAUGCAAGAUGUAACCGCCUACCGAGAAACCGCAAAGCAUUUUGAGAGUCCAACUGUUAAUGUUGUUUUCGAUGUACUGUUUAAGCUGAUGAAUCUCAUGUUGAUUAAGCCAGAAAACGUACAACAAGUUGUUCAAGAUUAUUUGCAGUCAGGAAUGCCAAGAGAUUUGUUGAUGAACUUCAUUCAACUCAGAACAGAUUAUAAGUCAGCGAAGCUACAAAAUGUGAUACAGUUCAAAUCAACAAGAUAAUUUUUCAUUUAUUUAUUAUUAACAAUUCGUGUUCUUCAAGUACUCCAUAAUUUCUUCAUUACUUGCACCAUUUUUAAACAUUUCAGUUAUUUUUUGUGAAUAUCGGUUAUUAAAUAAAACUUCAGCUGUUAGUGGUUCUUCCUCAAUUAGCUUCGAUUGCCAUGAAACGUAAGGUUUUAGUUCACAUUUGUCCAAGUUGUUAGGUACAAUAAAAUCUAAGUACAUUUCAGGAAAAAUAAUUUUUUGACCAUAUAUUUCCAUGGAUGUUGUUGGUUCCCUGAAAACUAAAAUUAAGAAGUUAAGAUAUCGUACCUGGGAAUCCAAGGGUAUUUUGCACGAGCCUUGCUUUUUUUUAAGUCUAACAUCCAGUGGUAUCUUGUCUUAAAGGCAAUUUUCUGACGAGACCUUAAAGGUCCCAUUGCUACAUUGAUAGUUCUUAUUGUUUGUGAUUUGUUAGAAAUUAAAAAACUUGGGAUCAACCUUGUACACUGCAUUACCUAGGGAAUCAUGGUAUAAAAUCUGUAAGAUGAUUGUAAGCUAAGAUGUUACAUAAUUACUAUUACACAAUAAAACACUUUGGAAUCACACCCCUGAACACGGAGCUAUUCGAUAAUUAAAUUGUCAUAAUAGAUCACGCUUGACUAGUGUAUAUCUUGUGGCUUAUCACUAGAUAUUCAUGCCCAAAUAAGAUCAAGUCUUUCCGAAACUAUAAUACAGUUUAGUCACACACGGUCAGUCAAUAACGACGUAGGACUUGUCGCAAAUUUGUAUCACUCCAAGAUGUCAAAUUUUAUCACAGAGAGGAAACUACCAAGAUUAUGAUCAUACGUGAAUGGCAAUAGAAAACUAGAAGUAAGAAGUUCAUCUCAAAAACAAUAAAAAAUAACUCACGAGAAAAUUCAUGGGAUGGUAUAUCAGAUUUGUAAGACAUGCAGUAUAUACAACUGCAUCACUAUAAUCAGUUUUGAACCCGGACCUAACAAUAGAUCGUGCCCAUUGGACGAAUACUGACCAAGAAGCUUACUCAUUUCGACCAACAGUCAGUAGCUUUAUAUGCCGAUCUAGUGUUUUGGUCUGCAUGUUUUUGCUUUUCUCAAUGUUACUCAGCAUUUCAAGUCCGGUUAGGGGAUAUUAAGGCUAAGGUUAGGGUGCUGUGCAGAAUUUCAACCCACCCAGGUGUUUAAGGUAUGUACUACUUGCGCCAAUUCGAAGUGAUAAAAAUUCAUGACAGGUUCUAGUUCGCGACAUACCAGAGAAUGAUUUAUACACUACCUAAAAGUGCAAAAGUACUGUUCGGCAAUCGAAAAGAAUUUCUUACAAGCAGCAAAGAGGAAUUAAACGGGAUUAGUCUCUGUACUGUAUAAACUUACGUGUUUGUAUAAAAAGUUUUGGGGGCUGAAAGUCCGAUACCAAUCAGGAAAACAAAAACUUCAUAAGACGAUAACAGUAACUGGAAAAUAAUAGACAGUACGCUGCGACAUUAAUUUUUUUUCUUGGGCUUUAGGGGCCGAAUAGCGCUGGCACACAUCUGGUUGACUUUGAGUAGCUUAACAUAGUACGUGAAUAUCAUCGAAGGGAUAAAAUACAAUAUAAAGAUUUCGUUUGACUUAAAUAUUACGGGAUACAUAAUUCCGAGUUUUAAGCAAAACUAAAAGCUUUCUGUAUUAACGAUCACCUUACAAAACAAGUUGAGUAGUACAGACGAUUUGCAAAGACCUAACAUGUACAGUCUCAAGGACGUAUAUCAAAUACGACAUUGGUAAUGACAAACUGCAACAAGUGACUUUUUUCGAACUGCGAGAACAGUAGCACUUGACGCCGGAUUGAAUAAAUUGCCGCAGUCUGUUGAGAACGGCAGGUUAGCAAAUAUUUUAUGAUGUACUGUGACGCUGAGUGCGACGUCAACAAACUUUCUCUUACGAAAAUGGAAUUCUGACUAAAUACAGGCAGGAAUCUUAUUGUAUGUGACGUAGCUGCUCUUUGAAAACUUUAUUUUAAAUGUCACUCAGUCGACCAUACUGGUAGAUUAGAAAGAUAAAGCACUUAGCCCAAGCAAUAAAUCCGAUUUCAAAGAGGAUCUACCGAACCGUUAAGAAUCAAGAGUAACUCUGGAGCUUUUACAUAGCAUGCUUUGAAAAAUCCCAUUAUAAACGGGUUGGAAACCAACAACUUGUAAACAGGAUUUCCAAAUUGGUCUAAAAUGAGUAGAAAAUCACUUGUUACGAGAAGAUAAAACGAAGUCCAUGCACUAUGGAAAGUGUUUAUCUUUAAUACAUCUACCAAAGCGUUUGGUAUUGUCACGAAGUUACGUUGCUUAUAAGAGCCUAGAAAUCUAAAAUGCAGAGGAUCAGUCCAAUCAUCGAAUUUCAAAAACAACAGCUGGUAGCUGGCAAUAUUUCACGAUCAGAGUUAAUACUCAGCAGAAUUAGCUGAAUUUUUCUAGACGCAGAAAAUUCACAGGCAGGACAAGACAAGAGGAGAGAAAUAAAUAUACGCGGUUAUCAGAAUGACGAGAAAUUUAUUAGCUUUUCAACGAAAAACAAAUAAAAGAUAUGUUGGUCGAUAGGAAUUUGGAAUUUUUCAAAGUAGACUGAAUGCCUUUGAGGUGGCACAAUAUUUUAGGAGCGGGACAAAUUUUCAACAUUGCCUCGUGGAUAUUUCUACAAAACUCACUCAUCACUAUGGCUACAAGCCAAAAAUUCUUAGUAGACGGGUUUGGUAAAUUUAAACGUCAGAUCAUCGAUGCCUGUUUCUUGAUGAAAAUAAUAACUACAAUUCCAAAUCUUAACGCCUAAUAUUGACUAGAAUUUUUACUCCGAUCCUUUCUCGUAGACUAUAUGAAAUAAUCCACUAUUCAGUCUCCUGUUGUAGAGAUAGUAGGUCGUCUGAAAUUUAAUUUUUGCAUCUCAUUUCCCAGUGGAAAUCCAGAUUAUCCAUGUCAAAAUACUCCAUCCCUUGAGAUUUUAUUUUUUUUAUGGGACGAAUGUUUCCCCAAAUUUUGCAUUUUCAUUGGCCAGAACGUCUCUCGAAACUGUUAGAUUUGUUUGAAAUUUUGCGAUAGUAUUGGAUCUUGAGGAAGACAUUAAAGUGUACUCGACUAUCUCUAUCUACCAGACAUUAAAGUUUAACUUUCAACUUUUGGUAAUUCUUCGUAUCUAUACAAAAAGGCUAUAGCUUUGUGCUACGUUGAGGGAUAGUGAUCCCUAGCACACAGAUAUGAAAAAAUCUGUAGACGAAAAUAAGGAAAAAAAGGGAGUCGAUGACUCAUUAAUCACGUAGUAUGCACCUAUAUUCAUUGAUCUAAAUAACUGAAGACAAAAGUACCCCAAGAAUGGGAUCAAGACAAUCUGAACUAGAGAGCGAUUACAAACUCCCUCUAUAUUUGUGAAGGACAACCAAGAUCC